AUGCCUCUGCUGAAAAUCUUACAAUGGUUCCUGAUCUCAGAGCAAAAAAAAAAGAACCGAGAAGAGUGUACAAAGGCCUACCUAUCUUGGAGUGCUAGCCUGCAGCCAUACCGGCCUCCAGAUACUGAUGUGGUCAACUCUUACUUCCCUCUGGGAGGCUUCAUCAUGCCACACAAAAUCCCUUUGCCAACUCCCUCGGCCUCUGCCAUAGCAAGCAGUAGCGGCACCGGGGCGGCCAAUCUGAAUGCAGUGAGGGAGACCAUGGAUGUUCUGCUUGAGAUUUCAAGAAUUUCGAAUACUGGCUUAGAUAUGGAAACCCUGUCUAUAUGUGUGCGACUCUGUGAGCAAGGGACUAACCCAGAGGCUCUGCCAUCAGUUAUUAAGAAGCUUCACAGGGCCACUGAGGCCCUGAAGACUGCUGAUAAUGACUAGCUGACUUUCUGGAGAAAUCCUGAUGACAUAUGUCAAGCUCUGCGAGGGGAUUUGAAGGUUGCAUUAUAGUCAAGAGUGAACAGUGAAAUUAUUGCAUGCAGCAGCAUAGGAAAAUGUUCUUUUAAAGAA